AUGCAGCACCGCAGCCUGCACGCGGCGACUGUCCUGCUGCUUGUGAUCUUAAAGGAACAGCCUUGUAGCCCAGCCCCACUGAACGGAUCCAAGUGGACCUAUGUUGGUCCCGAUGGAGAGGAGAGCUGGUCCAAGAAAUAUCCAUCCUGUGGGGGCCUGCUACAGUCCCCCAUUGACCUGCACAGUGACAUCCUCCAGUACGAUGCCAGACUCACACCUCUCGAGUUCCAAGGCUACAAUGUGUCUGCUGAUGAGCGGUUUACCCUGACCAAUAAUGGACAUUCAGUGAAGCUGAACCUGAUCCCAGACAUGUACAUCCAGGGCCUGCAGUCCCGCUACAGGGCCACACAGCUGCACCUGCACUGGGGGAACCAGAACAACCCCCACGGCUCUGAGCACACAAUCGGAGGGAGGCACUUUGCUGCUGAGCUCCAUAUCGUCCAUUAUAACUCAGACUUGUACCCUGAUGCCAGCACCGCCAGUAACAAAUCAGAAGGCCUCGCCGUCCUAGCUGUUCUCAUUGAGAUGGGCUCCUUCAAUCCAUCAUAUGACAAGAUCUUCAGUCACCUUCAAGAUGUAAAGUACAAAGGCCAAGAAGUGCUCAUUCCAGGUUUCAACAUUGAAGAACUGAUUCCUGAGAGACCUGAAGAGUACUACCGCUACAGAGGAUCUCUGACCACACCUCCUUGUCACCCCACUGUGCUCUGGACUGUUUUUCGAAACCCUGUACAUAUUUCCCAGGAACAGCUGCUGGCUUUGGAGACAGCUCUGUACUGCACACAUGUGAGUGAUCCUUCCCCCAGAGAGAUGGUCAACAACUUCCGGCAAGUCCAGAAGUUUGACGAGAGACUGGUGUAUGUCUCCUUCCGACAAGUGCAAGACCUUACCUACGCAGGACUGAGUAUGGGCGUCAUCCUUUCUGUAGCCCUGGCUGGCAUUGUUGGCAUCUGUGUUGUCCUAGGAGUAUCCAUUUGGCUUUUCCGAAGGAAGAAGAGCAAAAAAGGGGACAGCAACAAAGGAGUCAUUUACAAACCAGCCAUCAAGACGGAGACUGAGGCCCAUGCCUGA